AUGGCGGUCGAUUCAGGCUCCUCCAGCGAUGCCGAACCCCAACCGAGCCGUCAAAAGGCCCGCCAGCGUGCCCAGCAUUGGAUGACCAAGGGCGGCUUGGUCCGUGAAGAUUCGGAUGAUGAAUUGGGAGAAGAAGAUCAUCCCUGGGACUGGAUUUACGCCAAUGAGGAAGAAAAUCAUGACGAACAGAAAGCAAGCCCCGAAAAGUCCAGUCGACGACGAACCUCCCGUGUUGCGAAAAAGAAACCAAUCGGAGCUCGCAUGGGUUCAUUUGAAUGUAGAAUAGGAGAUAUUGUGUUGUUGAAAUCACCUGAAGCUGGCAAAGAUUGGGUUGGAAUCAUUGUGGAGUUUGUGGAAGAAGAGGAUGAUGAUGCAGAAGGCGAGAUCAUCAAGUCAGCAAGCAUUAUGUGGUUUGCUUCCCCCGACGAGUUUUUGUCCACAAGGAACAAGCGAAGACAGGAUGCAUUACCGAACGAACAAUACUUGACUGCGGACUUCAAUACGAACCCCCUUUACUCCAUUAGUGGCAAGGCCACAGUCAUGUCGAAAGAUGCUUUUUUUGCGAAAUACCCCGACGGUGCUCCUCCCAAGGGAAAUGCGGAAUUGGCCGAAUAUAACAAGAGCAUUGUCUGCCGCAGAGGUGUCAAUCAAGUCCAGGGAAGAUACACAGAUGAAUUCGUAUGGGAGGAUGUAUACCGGGAAGACAACAUCUACGAGCUUAUCACAAUGGUAAAGGAAGGGCUGAAAGCUGCUAGAAAGCGCAAGGCGGCGGACGCUGAUUUUGUGGAAACCAAAGAAGAGAGCGCGGUCCCGUCAACACCUCGCAAAAAACAGCGAGUAGCUUCUAAUGCUACACCAAGUUCUCAGCGAAAGAAGGCGUUGACAACACCGACACAUAAGAGAAUCGUUGUUAAAAAGCCUCUUGAGUUCACACCAUUGGGUACUCGUGUUCUCUCCCAGGACCACUUUGCCUCUCCGUAUCGCCAGGCCCGUACACUACUGCACGUUUCCACUGUCCCAGAAUCACUUCCUUGUCGAAAGAACGAGUUCAAUGAGGUCUACAACCACCUUAGUGCUGCGAUUAUGGAGGGCACAGGCGCCUGUAUCUAUAUUUCAGGAACCCCCGGAACUGGAAAGACGGCUACAGUGAGAGAAGUAGUAGCUCAACUCAAUGCUGCUGUGGAAGCAGAAGAGAUGGAUGAUUUCAUCUUCUGCGAAAUCAACGGCAUGAAAAUCACCGACCCGCAUCAAGCCUACUCCAUGCUCUGGAAAGAAUUAAAGGGAGAUCGAGUAUCUCCUUCCCAUGCGCUUGACCUUCUUGAACAAGAAUUCUCCCACCCUUCUCCCCGCCGUGUCUCUUGUGUUGUUCUCAUGGACGAACUGGAUCAAUUGGUAACCAAGAACCAGUCCGUUAUGUACAACUUUUUCAACUGGCCCGCUCUUCGCCAUUCCCGACUUAUUGUCCUUGCUGUGGCCAACACCAUGGAUCUUCCUGAAAGAACACUGAGCAACAAGAUUUCCAGUCGUCUUGGACUUACCCGCAUUACAUUCCCAGGAUACAAGCACACCGAUCUGAUGGAGAUCAUUGGCACACGAUUAGCCAAUGUACCCGGCAAUAUCGUGGAUCCAGAUGCAGUUCAAUUCGCAAGUCGAAAAGUGGCUGCCGUCAGUGGUGAUGCCCGCCGUGCUCUAGAUAUUUGCCGUCGCGCUGUUGAAAUCGCCGAGCAAGAAGCAGAAGAAGCAGCUGCGGCAGACUUGAUUAUUCCAGAAGAAGAUGAAGAAGCCCCUCCUCCAACGCCUAGCAAGACUCCUGCCCGUUGCAAUAAUCCAGCUGCUACUAGUGGUGUUGCGAAUAAUAAUACUGCAACAUUGAAGCCUAAGCCCGGCAAGGCAAAGGCUGGUCGUGUCACUAUCUCAACAAUUAAACAAGCCAUUCAAGAGGCUACAUCUACACCACUCCAGCAAUCCCUUCGCUGUCUUCCUCUAUCAGGCAAGCUUUUCUUAGCAGCCCUCCUAGCCCGCAUCCACCGCACAGGUAUCACCGAGUCGACCUUUGGUGAUGUUCUCGACGAGGCACGCCGAAUUGCCGAUGCAGCCGUCGCUGUUGCUGGUGCUGCAGGCGCGGGUGUCAAGGAUUUCUUACUUGGCGGCGGUUCUAGUGCACGAGUACGUGCCCUGGGCUUUGCAGCCAUGGAGCUGAUGAAUUCUGGAGUUUUGGCUUUGGAACAGGGAGCCGGGUCGAAGAGUCUUCUCGGUGGCUCUACCAUCCCUGCUCGCGGUGACCGAAGUAGCAAGAUUCGGCUUAGAGUUGCUGCGGAGGAUGUGAGAUUAGCUUUUCGGGAAGAUCUUGAAGCCAAGGGCUUUGGUCUUGGAAUUGACCAGUAA